AUGUCCAUGGAGAAAGCUGCCCCUGUCACUAGUCAGGAUCAGGGCCUCCAAUAUCCCCUGGCCGGGAGAGAGGCCGUGAAUUCCAACAUUUUAAUUGUACAUCACGCGAUUGAACGUAUUGGCAUGGGCAAGUAUCAAUGGCAAUUACUUACAACAUGCGGCUUCGGGUUUCUCAUCGAUCAGAUGCUGUUUGUCUCAAUCAGCAUCCUCGCUCCCACCACGGCAAAAGAGUUCGGUCCUGCACACUCCACGCUGCUCUCUGCACCGCUCUAUGUGGGCUUGCUAAUGGGUGCUAUUGCGUAUGGAGCGCUUGCGGAUAAAGUAGGCCGCAGGUUGAUCUGGCAGAUAUCCAUCUAUGGAGUGUCCAUAGUGAAUAUCUUCAGCGCAUCUGCUACUAGUUGGACUGCAAUGAAUGUGUGGAUGGCACUCAGUGGGCUUUUUGGAGGGGGUAAUCUGGCUAUUGAUCUGGCAGUUCUAUCAGAGGCACUGCCUCAAAAGUGGAUGUUUCUGCUGACUGGGUUGGCUUGUGUAUGGGGAUUGGGUAGUGCAAUAACCGGCCUGAUAGCAUGGCCACUAGUCGUCGCUUUCUGUUGCCCCAACGGCGCUACCCCCGAAACCUGCAGCAGAAGCGAAAACAUGGGAUGGCGUUACCUUCAAAUCAUCCUCGGUGGAUUGUGCCUCGUCAUGUCCCUCAUCCGCUCAUUUGUCAUCGGUAUGAAGGAGUCACCCAAGUGGCUGGUCACUAAAGGACGAAUUGAAGAAGCAAUGGCGGCAAUCAACAGCAUUAGCAAAAAGAACGGAUCUGAUUAUGUUAUGGAUAUCGAUCAAUUUUCUGCUAUACCUGCCCAGAGUACCCAAAAGACUCACUGGCGGCAGGAUUUGGCAACGCUUCGUAGCUUCAUUGUGUCUGCGGAAAAGUUACGUCUGCUGAUCUGUCUUAUUGUGGAUUCUUGUUGCUACCCAACCUACACACUCUUCCUCUCUUACUACCUCGAAGCUCAUGGCGCGGAUUUGGGGGAUGGCAGCAACUACCAGACCUAUCGCGACUGGGCGGUUUCAGCUGUUGUAGGCAUCUUGGGUCCUGCGUUGAGUGCCUGGAUGGGACGUCCAUAUCCGGUGUCUGGGGUAUCGAUGGUCCCUGAUGAUCACAGGGGUAUUAUUUAUGCAUAUACACCAAUUGUGUUCAGUACUGAGCAUCGCGGCACAGCAUGCGGAUUGUUGCUAUCAUGUGGUCGAGCAGCGUCCCUGUCAGCACCUUUUAUUGCUACGUAUGGCAAAGUGGACUCGCCGGUCCCUCUGUUUGUCUCUUGCGGGCUGUAUGUAGCUAUCGGAGUUGCUGGUCUGUUAUUGCCGCUCGAACCUUCGGCGGCCGACUUUUCCAUCAAUGAUGAGUUAUGA